CGUGCUGCCCAAUUCUAAAGUCAAGCAAAGAGUUUUUUGAGUCACAGAAGGAAGGAGUAUUUUUACAAAUCAGCGUUUGGAAUUACAUUGCUUUCACUCUAUAUAUAUGAACCACCUUUGCUUUCCCCCUUCGCCUAGCCCACCAAGAGCUCACACAAGUCUUCUUUGCCUUUUCUUACUAUUAAAUUACGCUUCUUUGAUCUGUCCUUCAUUAUUCUCUUUGUCACACAUACUUGUUUUUGCUUCUUCUUCUUCUGUCCCCUUAGCUCGACUUUGUUGUUGAGUCUUGAGACUGACCAGAUAAAUAUAUAUCUUUCCCUGAGUUUUUAAAGGAAUCGAAGAUGGAGAAACAAAACUUUGUUGUGCAUGGUGGGAUCAAGUUGCCUAUUGGGUACAGGUUUUAUCCCACAGACGAGGAGCUUGUUGUUCAUUACUUGAAGCGGAAGGUGUUUGGGAUGCCGUUGCCUGCUUCAGUUAUCAGGGAGCUUGAUGUUUUCCAGGCUGAUCCUUGGAGCUUGCCAGGUGAUUUGAAGGAGAAGAGGUUUUUCUUUAGCAAUAAUAGAGCUGGAAAUGCCAAGGAGAGCCAAUGUAAAAUAGCUGCUGGUUCUGGUUACUGGAAAUCCACUGGCAAAGACAAGCAGAUUAUGGAUUCUGAAAGUCAUAAGCAAGCUAUUGGGCUGAGGAAAACUUUAAGUUUUCGCCAGGGAAAGUCUGCCAAUCAGCAAUAUCAGAAUAAAACUCGAUGGUUGAUGCAUGAAUACCGCCUUUUAUGCCCUUCAACAAACCCCAACUCAACUCACCUGUUAAGUGAUUGGAAAGUGUACCGUAUAUUUCAAAGGAAGAGAAAACCUAAGAAGCAUGGAAGCAACAAAAAUCAGAAUACUGAGAUAAUUAAACCAAGCUGUCUUGAUUUUACUAUUGAACAUCAAUCUGAUUUAUUAGGUCCUCCUCAACCAUGCUCAUCAAGUUCAAGUGAAAUCACAGCUGACAUAUGUUCAGCAGUGUUAGAUCAAGAAGAAUCCAGUUGUUACACAAGUUUCUCUUCUUAUUAUUGCCUCAGUAAGAGCUCAAAUUAACCAGAUUUAAUUUGAUAGACUCAUUGUAUGGGAAUUUCCUGUAUUUUGCUCAACAAAUGAGAUGAAUGGGCAAAAAGAAUAUAGAGAGAAGGCAAGGCAUGAGAAUAAUUGACUGUUUUAAGAAAUUGUGGUUUGCAAGCAAAUCCAAUUAGCUA